CAGAGCGAAAUUGUGAAGAAGUACGAAAUGAAGAUUACAGAUUUGCUUCAAGAUUUUGAGAAGAGAAAUUCCCAUUUUACAGCGGAAAAAGACAAGCUCGAGGCGCAGAAAAAGAAACUACAAGCACAGCUUGACAAACUCCGUAAAGAAACAUUAAAAUUAAGAGAGCAGUAUGAGACAACGAUAAAAGCCUUGACGGAAGAGAUGACUGAAAAGUUCAAAAAAGAGAAUUUCGAGCUCGAAAAACAAUUCAGAAAGGAAAUAGAACAGUUAAAGACCCAACACAACCAGAAGUUACAGCAACUGAAAAGCGAAAAAGAGGCUGUCAUCUCUAAACUAGAGCAAACCGUAAGAGAUCUCGAGAGCAAGAUCAGGGAGUUGCAAAACCAGAAUGAUCUGAAGAUAACAGAGCUUACAAAAGAAAACGAGAGACUAGCAGAAAGUUGCCAAAAUCUGGAUAGGAAGAACAAAGAAGAAACUGCUCGUCAUAAAACAGAAACAGCUGAGCUGAAAGAAGAAACAAAGAAACGAGAGAAGUGGAUGGAAGACAAUAAGAUCAAAUAUGAGAGAGAACUGGCCAAUCUCAAGGAAAUUAUUGGGCAGAUGAAAGAAGAGCUUGAACAGAAAAACGUGCAACUGGCAGCAACAGAAAAAGAUUUGGAUCGAGUACGAAACAACCUAACAGAUAGUCAGGAAGAAUUUGAUGCUCAGGUAGCCGCGCUAAAGCAAAAAAUCUCCGAGUUGGAAAAGGAAAAGAAGGGUCUCUUUGGUCGGAUACAAAGUCUUGAAAUGACCAAGAAGGAGAUUAUAAGUAAUUACGAAGAACGGAUUAUCAAAGAGCGAAAGGAGACAGAAUCGAAGUGUCAGUCACAGGUAUCGAAACUUCAAGACGAGCUGAACAAAGAAGUCCAGGAGAAAGGCAAGCUACAUAAUGAAAUUCAAGAGCUUUUGAGGGAAGUGACAAAUUGGAAAAGAAAGUACAGCAAUGCCGAGGAAAAACAUGUAAGCAACAUGACAGAUUUAAAGAACAGUCACGAAAAACAAAUGAAUGACCGAAAAAGUGAACACGAGGAUGCUGUGGCUAGUUUGAAAAAGAAGCUGGAAGAUCAGACAUCAACUAAUGAGAUGUUGGAAAAAGAGAAGCAGGAGCUUACUGUGACGGUUGGAGAGCUGACGUUAACUGUGGCAAGACUCGAAGAGGAAGCUACCAGACAAAAUCUAGAAUGGGAGAAGGAACUCCUCGCGUUUAAAAGCAAAAUUGAGAAGCUUGAAGACGAAAACAGAAAGUUGAAUAAUGUAUCAGAACAGUUGCGUUUGCAAUUAGAAGAGGCUGAACGACUUGCUAACGAGAAUGAACAGCAAAAUAAGGCGGAGAUUAACGAGCUCAACUUGAAAAUAAAAGACUACGAGACGAAGUUAAAGGUUUCUGUGGAGCUAGAAAUAGCAAACCGUGAGAUGCUCAACGAAAUGUCCCGCUUACGUUCUCAACUUGAAAGUUUGACAGCCAAGGAGAACAAGCUUCACCAAGAAAACGGCGACUUAAAAUUAAAGAUAACAGAGCUUGAGUAUCUGAACAGAAGGCUGACAGAAGAAUUAGAUUCACUUGCUAAAGAGCUUUCAGACUCAGAGGAAACGUCUAAACGCGAGAUAGAACAACUCAAAAAGACUCACGAGACCGAAAGGGGAAAAUUCGUCAGUGAAAAAGACAAGGCACUUGGGGAAGUGGAACGACUGCAAAAGGUCAUUAGUGAGCAAGAGAGCGUUAUUAGACGCUUCAAAGAUUCUGUCGAGUGUGCUGCUGAAGAAAAGAAAAGAAACGAGGAGCAUUUCAAAUUUGAGCUACAAAGCUUAAUGGAGAAGUACGAGACUGAAAGAAAGAAGGCUGAAACGUUGAGAUCAGAACUGCAACAGAAGUCUUACAUUCUUGAAGAAAAGAGCAGAGAAUGGAAACGAAAAACAGACGAGAUCCAGUUCAAACAUCGAGAAGAAAGAGAAACUCUUACAAGGGAAAAGAAAACUUUAGAGGAAGAUUACGAAAAGCAGUUAAAGGAUUUGAAAGAAGAAGCAACAAAUGAAAGAGAACUGUGUGAAAGAAAACUGAACCAACUCGAACAAACCUACAAACACGAGAUAAACACAGUUCGCUAUGAGCGCGAGCAGUGCUUCAGAGAGGUUACCAGCAAGGAGAUAGAGAAGGUACGGAAAGAACUUGAAAAGGAGAAGAACGACCUGCAACAGCAAUUGCUGGCAGAAAAGAAGCAGCUUAUCGAGGACUACAACAAAAGAAUACAGGAAGAGAAAAAGAGGUAUACUCAAAUCGAGGAGAGGUAUAACUCCGAGAUACUUACCCUAACAAGGAACAAGUCGGAACUGGAGAGCAGGAUCCACGACUUAGAUAGGACGAUUGAAAGGACCAAAGAGCAAUUGACCUACCGUUAUACUGAAGAACGCCGAAAGAUAGAGUAUGAGUUAGAAAUGAAGUUGACAGAUGUGAGAGAAAAACACAGGCUUGAACUCAUAGAACGUUCUGAAAUAGACAAGUUGAAUAUGGAGGCAAAAUUUAAAACCUACAGAGAGGAAAUGGAAGAGAAACUCCGUCUUGAAUACCAGGCUAAGAUAACAGCGGAAGUGUCAACUCGUGAGAAGGAACUGCAAGAUUCCCUUUACAAACUGGAGAAAGAAUUCCGCACAGAGAAAGAGCAGUUGCUGGACGAGGAAAGGAAAUUGAGGACGCAGAACGAGAUGCUGUUAAGAGAGAAGGAUGCUUUACUUCAACAAAGCCAGAGAGACAAAGAUGAACUGUCAGGAAAACUGGAACAUGAGAAAGAAUUGUUAAAUGUCACGCUCGAGGCUAUGUCCCGAGAACUUUCGAAGCUGAGAGAAGAAAAGACGCAUCUUUCCGACUCCUUCUCGAGGGAAAAACGAGAGCUAGAGAAGAAAUACGAAGCGGACAUGGCAGAAUGGAAGAACAAAGUCGAAAGAGGAAAACAAGAACUCGUGACCCGACUACGCGAAGAAAACAGGCAAGUUGUUCAAGCUUAUCAGAGGACAACAGAUGCAACAAUUGCCGAGCUAAAAGAUAAACUUGCUAAGGCAGAACGAAAGGUCACAGAAUUAGAAGAACACUUUAAGAAGGAGAAAAGCAAGCUGGAGCACCAAUUCGAGCACGAGAAAAUGGAAAUCGAGCAAAACACACAAAAGAUUACUAAAGAGCUGAAGAUCGUCCUCGAACAAGAAUUUUACAGGAGAUCACAAGACGAAAGGAAGACUUAUGAGAAUACCUUGUCGACCUUAAGAAGCGAAAUAUUCGAGCUCCAGGAAAGCAAGACGCGACUUCAACGCGUCUUGUCCGAACAACAACUGAUUGCCUAUAGCCUUGGGAGAGACAUCAAUACGCUUAAGAAUGAGCCGCAAGCGACGAGUCCAAGAAGACAAGAACAAAGUCUCCUGGAACGAGAACUCCAAGAACUAAGACACAAAAACGAGAAGUUAAAAAUCGCAACAAAAGAGGCCCAGUUCUACAACAGAGAGCUCGUCCAGUGGGACAGUGCAAAGAAUUGUCCAGUGUUGAAAACUGCGCAGGAGUUGAAUGCAGCAACAGCCUCAAAACCUCCUGUGUCAUUCUUUGAACCACACACCAACGGAGAUCAAAAGGUAAAUACAUGUACUUUAAAAUCCUUAGUUAGCAAGAAAAUAACCGAGAUGUCUGGAGUCGAAAUUCAUGAGUCACAACCAAUAGAUGGUUGGGGAGGUCCUUACUACGUAGAGCCUACUAACUACUCUGUGGUCACCAACGAAAUGCCAAUGGAAGACCAAGGGGGAACUUGGGACAUGGAGGUCGUGGGAACAAUUCCAAUGGAUAACAGUGCAGAAGUAGAGUCCCUCAAGCAAAGGAUAAAAACGCUGGAAGGAGAGAAGAAAGCCCUUAACGAUAUGUACCAAAAAUCUGUCACCGAAUAUGAACUUAACAAAACAAAGAUCAUCCAGGAUUACGAAGUCAAACUCGGGCAACUUAAAAUAGAGAGAGACGAUUGGCAGAAAAAGUACAAUGAGUCCCAAAGAGAAGUUCAACGACUCAAACAGAAAAUUUCCGCCAUGGAGAUAGAGAAUCUUAGAAUGAUUGAAGAUGUAAAGAGAGAGCUCACGAACAAGUGCAAGAUGGAGAAGGGAGAGAUGGAGGCAAGGUUUUCGAGCGAAAAAGAUGAAAUGCAAGAUAAUUUCGAGGAACAGAUACAGAUUCUGCGAGCGGAAAACGAGGCCUUGUUGCAGACAUAUCAGAAGAGCACAAAGGAAUAUGAGAUCAAGAUAGUGCAGAUUCAGCAAGAUUACGAAACGAAGCUAGGGCAACUAAAAAUCGACAAAGAAAAAUUAGAAAAGAAAAAUGCUAGCCUCACUACACAGGUAACAACACUGCGCGAGAAAUGCUCUGCUCUUGAAAAGCAAUACGAAGAAAUGCUGGCCAACUUGAGAAUUGAGCUUACGGAAAAGUUCCAAGCAGAAAAGGGUGAGAUGGAAGCUGCGUGCACAAAAGAGAAAGAGUCGCUUAUAGCAGCACACGAAAAGGCUCUAGAAGAAUACGAGGCUAAGAUAACUUCUAUCACUCAGCAAUACGAAGAACAGUUAGAACAACUCAAAACUCAGAAGGAUAAAUUUGAGGCAAGUUACAAUAGUUCUUUGGAGGAAAUAGCAGAGUUGAAGAGGAGGUGCAAAGAGCUUGAAGAAAACCACAACUUAUUGAUGAAGGAACUUCAGGAUAAGCUAAAGAUGGAGUACAUACAGAAGGAGAAUGAUAUGGAAAACGAGUUCGAUACAGAAAAGCAAGAAUUGAUCGCCAAAUACAAGAAACUCAUCCAGCAAAGUGAAGUCCGAAUCCAAGAAAUAAGAAAGGAAAACAAGUUGGCUAUUACGAAAUUGGAGGCAGAGAAAACACAGUUAAUAGAUAAACAUGCUGCGGAAAUUGAAUCGUGGCAGGAGAAGCUUACGACCCUUGAACAAAAGGACAAAGAAGACAUGAAAGUUCUGGAGCAAGAGCUGUUAGAAAAAUUGGAAAAAGAGAAAGACGAGAUUGAAGCAAACUUUAUGAAAGAGCGAGAAGAACUGAUUGAAGGUCAUAAGAUGGAGAUCAAAGCUUAUGAAACCAAAAUCACUAGCAUGCAGCAAGAAUACGAAGUUAAGAUAGCUCAGAUAGAGAAAGAAAAGGAACGACUGGAAGAGACCAAUAGAACCAACAUCGAAAAACUGGAACAAGAAAUACUGGCAUUGAAACAGGGUCAUGAGAAACAACUGAAAGAUGCGAAAGACGAGAUGACGGAAAAAUUCAAUAAAGAAAAGAGUGAAAUGGAAGAAACAUUGGCCAAAGAAAAGACUACCUUGAUAGAAUCACACAAUGCAGUGGUAAAGGAAUACGAAGAAAAGAUUGUCAUUCUCCAAGAAGAACUGGAUGCAAAAGUCGAGGAGAUGGAAAAUGAAUGGAAGAGCUUAAAGGAGUCACACCAGAAAGCAAUAGAGGCAUUAAGACAAGAAAUGGCUGAGUCAGAGAAACAGCAUAAAUUGAAAAUAAAGGAGCUUAAAGAAGAAAUUACUGAAAAGUGCAACAAAGAAAAGACAGAACUAGAAUCAAACUUUUCAAAACAGAUAGAGGAACUGAAAGCUUCCAAUGCAAGCACAAUGAAAGCAUACGAAGAACAAAUAGCUGGAAUCAAAGAGAAAUACGAGAAGAAAUUGGCAGAUUUAGAAGCCGCCAUGGAGAGUCAUGAGGAAAAGUACAAAGAGAAGAUUCAAGGUUUAAGGGAAGAGUUGUCUAACAGUAUCGAUAAGUAUGAACAGCUCAUAAAAGACACCAAGAAAGAACUGCGACAAAAAUAUGAGAAGGAAAAGGAAGACGCGGAAAAGGAAUUUGCUGAUGAAAGAAAUCAGUUAACCGAAACUCACGAACAAACUGUAACUGAGUACGAAAAGAAAAUAACCGAUUUGCAAGAUGACCUGAAAUUAAAACUGGACAAACUAAGGGAAGAAAAAGAAGCCUUAAAAGAGAUUCAUUCAAGGAAAGAAGAAGAACUGACCAAAAAAUGUACAACAAUAGAAGAGACCUACAAGGCUAAAAUCACAGAAAUUAAAACCACCUUAAAAGAGAAGUGUGACAAAGAAAAGAGCGAGCUUGAAGAAAACUUCGACCAUGAAAAACAACAACUAAUCGAGAGACAGAGCGAAAUUGUGAAGAAGUACGAAAUGAAGAUUACAGAUUUGCUUCAAGAUUUUGAGAAGAGAAAUUCCCAUUUUACAGCGGAAAAAGACAAGCUCGAGGCGCAGAAAAAGAAACUACAAGCACAGCUUGACAAACUCCGUAAAGAAACAUUAAAAUUAAGAGAGCAGUAUGAGACAACGAUAAAAGCCUUGACGGAAGAGAUGACUGAAAAGUUCAAAAAAGAGAAUUUCGAGCUCGAAAAACAAUUCAGAAAGGAAAUAGAACAGUUAAAGACCCAACACAACCAGAAGUUACAGCAACUGAAAAGCGAAAAAGAGGCUGUCAUCUCUAAACUAGAGCAAACCGUAAGAGAUCUCGAGAGCAAGAUCAGGGAGUUGCAAAACCAGAAUGAUCUGAAGAUAACAGAGCUUACAAAAGAAAACGAGAGACUAGCAGAAAGUUGCCAAAAUCUGGAUAGGAAGAACAAAGAAGAAACUGCUCGUCAUAAAACAGAAACAGCUGAGCUGAAAGAAGAAACAAAGAAACGAGAGAAGUGGAUGGAAGACAAUAAGAUCAAAUAUGAGAGAGAACUGGCCAAUCUCAAGGAAAUUAUUGGGCAGAUGAAAGAAGAGCUUGAACAGAAAAACGUGCAACUGGCAGCAACAGAAAAAGAUUUGGAUCGAGUACGAAACAACCUAACAGAUAGUCAGGAAGAAUUUGAUGCUCAGGUAGCCGCGCUAAAGCAAAAAAUCUCCGAGUUGGAAAAGGAAAAGAAGGGUCUCUUUGGUCGGAUACAAAGUCUUGAAAUGACCAAGAAGGAGAUUAUAAGUAAUUACGAAGAACGGAUUAUCAAAGAGCGAAAGGAGACAGAAUCGAAGUGUCAGUCACAGGUAUCGAAACUUCAAGACGAGCUGAACAAAGAAGUCCAGGAGAAAGGCAAGCUACAUAAUGAAAUUCAAGAGCUUUUGAGGGAAGUGACAAAUUGGAAAAGAAAGUACAGCAAUGCCGAGGAAAAACAUGUAAGCAACAUGACAGAUUUAAAGAACAGUCACGAAAAACAAAUGAAUGACCGAAAAAGUGAACACGAGGAUGCUGUGGCUAGUUUGAAAAAGAAGCUGGAAGAUCAGACAUCAACUAAUGAGAUGUUGGAAAAAGAGAAGCAGGAGCUUACUGUGACGGUUGGAGAGCUGACGUUAACUGUGGCAAGACUCGAAGAGGAAGCUACCAGACAAAAUCUAGAAUGGGAGAAGGAACUCCUCGCGUUUAAAAGCAAAAUUGAGAAGCUUGAAGACGAAAACAGAAAGUUGAAUAAUGUAUCAGAACAGUUGCGUUUGCAAUUAGAAGAGGCUGAACGACUUGCUAACGAGAAUGAACAGCAAAAUAAGGCGGAGAUUAACGAGCUCAACUUGAAAAUAAAAGACUACGAGACGAAGUUAAAGGUUUCUGUGGAGCUAGAAAUAGCAAACCGUGAGAUGCUCAACGAAAUGUCCCGCUUACGUUCUCAACUUGAAAGUUUGACAGCCAAGGAGAACAAGCUUCACCAAGAAAACGGCGACUUAAAAUUAAAGAUAACAGAGCUUGAGUAUCUGAACAGAAGGCUGACAGAAGAAUUAGAUUCACUUGCUAAAGAGCUUUCAGACUCAGAGGAAACGUCUAAACGCGAGAUAGAACAACUCAAAAAGACUCACGAGACCGAAAGGGGAAAAUUCGUCAGUGAAAAAGACAAGGCACUUGGGGAAGUGGAACGACUGCAAAAGGUCAUUAGUGAGCAAGAGAGCGUUAUUAGACGCUUCAAAGAUUCUGUCGAGUGUGCUGCUGAAGAAAAGAAAAGAAACGAGGAGCAUUUCAAAUUUGAGCUACAAAGCUUAAUGGAGAAGUACGAGACUGAAAGAAAGAAGGCUGAAACGUUGAGAUCAGAACUGCAACAGAAGUCUUACAUUCUUGAAGAAAAGAGCAGAGAAUGGAAACGAAAAACAGACGAGAUCCAGUUCAAACAUCGAGAAGAAAGAGAAACUCUUACAAGGGAAAAGAAAACUUUAGAGGAAGAUUACGAAAAGCAGUUAAAGGAUUUGAAAGAAGAAGCAACAAAUGAAAGAGAACUGUGUGAAAGAAAACUGAACCAACUCGAACAAACCUACAAACACGAGAUAAACACAGUUCGCUAUGAGCGCGAGCAGUGCUUCAGAGAGGUUACCAGCAAGGAGAUAGAGAAGGUACGGAAAGAACUUGAAAAGGAGAAGAACGACCUGCAACAGCAAUUGCUGGCAGAAAAGAAGCAGCUUAUCGAGGACUACAACAAAAGAAUACAGGAAGAGAAAAAGAGGUAUACUCAAAUCGAGGAGAGGUAUAACUCCGAGAUACUUACCCUAACAAGGAACAAGUCGGAACUGGAGAGCAGGAUCCACGACUUAGAUAGGACGAUUGAAAGGACCAAAGAGCAAUUGACCUACCGUUAUACUGAAGAACGCCGAAAGAUAGAGUAUGAGUUAGAAAUGAAGUUGACAGAUGUGAGAGAAAAACACAGGCUUGAACUCAUAGAACGUUCUGAAAUAGACAAGUUGAAUAUGGAGGCAAAAUUUAAAACCUACAGAGAGGAAAUGGAAGAGAAACUCCGUCUUGAAUACCAGGCUAAGAUAACAGCGGAAGUGUCAACUCGUGAGAAGGAACUGCAAGAUUCCCUUUACAAACUGGAGAAAGAAUUCCGCACAGAGAAAGAGCAGUUGCUGGACGAGGAAAGGAAAUUGAGGACGCAGAACGAGAUGCUGUUAAGAGAGAAGGAUGCUUUACUUCAACAAAGCCAGAGAGACAAAGAUGAACUGUCAGGAAAACUGGAACAUGAGAAAGAAUUGUUAAAUGUCACGCUCGAGGCUAUGUCCCGAGAACUUUCGAAGCUGAGAGAAGAAAAGACGCAUCUUUCCGACUCCUUCUCGAGGGAAAAACGAGAGCUAGAGAAGAAAUACGAAGCGGACAUGGCAGAAUGGAAGAACAAAGUCGAAAGAGGAAAACAAGAACUCGUGACCCGACUACGCGAAGAAAACAGGCAAGUUGUUCAAGCUUAUCAGAGGACAACAGAUGCAACAAUUGCCGAGCUAAAAGAUAAACUUGCUAAGGCAGAACGAAAGGUCACAGAAUUAGAAGAACACUUUAAGAAGGAGAAAAGCAAGCUGGAGCACCAAUUCGAGCACGAGAAAAUGGAAAUCGAGCAAAACACACAAAAGAUUACUAAAGAGCUGAAGAUCGUCCUCGAACAAGAAUUUUACAGGAGAUCACAAGACGAAAGGAAGACUUAUGAGAAUACCUUGUCGACCUUAAGAAGCGAAAUAUUCGAGCUCCAGGAAAGCAAGACGCGACUUCAACGCGUCUUGUCCGAACAACAACUGAUUGCCUAUAGCCUUGGGAGAGACAUCAAUACGCUUAAGAAUGAGCCGCAAGCGACGAGUCCAAGAAGACAAGAACAAAGUCUCCUGGAACGAGAACUCCAAGAACUAAGACACAAAAACGAGAAGUUAAAAAUCGCAACAAAAGAGGCCCAGUUCUACAACAGAGAGCUCGUCCAGUGGGACAGUGCAAAGAAUUGUCCAGUGUUGAAAACUGCGCAGGAGUUGAAUGCAGCAACAGCCUCAAAACCUCCUGUGUCAUUCUUUGAACCACACACCAACGGAGAUCAAAAGGUAAAUACAUGUACUUUAAAAUCGUACCGUUAA